CGGUGUCUUCCACUCUCCUCUCCGCACCCGGAGGCGGCCUAAGUAACUGCGGCUGGUGAGGCGGCGGGAGGUCGAGCUGGAGCCAAUCAGCUGCGGAAAGAGGCGGGACUUCCUGCGCGGGGGCCGGAGCCGUUCGGUCGCCGGGCUCUCCGUGGUCCCGGCUUGGCUUCGUGGUAGCGGCGGCGGCUGCGGCUCCGUGAGGAGGAGCGCGGGGCCAUGACGUCAGCGUCCACAAAGGUCGGAGAGAUCUUCUCCGCCGCGGGCGCCGCCUUCACGAAGCUCGGCGAGCUGACCAUGCAGCUGCAUCCCGUGGCCGACUCUUCCCCCGCGGGUGCCAAGUGGACGGAGACGGAGAUAGAGAUGCUGAGGGCUGCUGUGAAGCGAUUUGGGGACGAUCUUAAUCACAUCAGCUGUGUCAUCAAGGAACGGACAGUGGCUCAAAUAAAGGCCACUGUGAAACGAAAGGUGUAUGAAGACUCCGGCAUCCCCCUUCCAGCUGAUUCACCCAAGAAAGGGCCCAAGAAGGUGGCAUCUGGUGUCUUGUCGCCUCCUCCAUCUGCCCCUCCACCAAGCAGCUCCAGUGCCUCUGAGGCCGGGGGUCCCCCCAUAAAGAAACAGAAGGCUGAUGUGACACUCAGUGCUCUGAACGACUCGGACGCCAACAGUGACCUGGUGGAUAUUGAAGGGCUAGGAGAAACUCCUCCAGCCAAGAAACUCAACUUCGACCAGGACAGCCUGACCCUGGAUUCUGGCCUUCUCUUGACCUCUGCUGAUCCUCCUCUGCUCUCUUGCUGAGCCUUUCACCUCUGACCCCUCCCACUGUUCACCCUGGACCUGUGGAUCGCCUGGGACUCUGAGCAGGGCCUGCAUGAGUGAGGGGUGAAAACCUGCGGGAAUCGCCCAUCUUGCUGUUCCUGUAUGAGCAUCUGCCCCCAACCCCUUUGACUCCCCCCCCCCGUCCGAUGGACAUUUUUAUACAGAAGACAAUAAAGAUCUCCCUCUUAGC